AGCCUCCCAAAGUGCUGGGAUUACAGGCAUGAGCCACCGCACCCGGCCAGUUUAAACAUAUUUAAUGUGUUUCAGUCCAUGACAGUUAUUGUCAUUAUUGAUGCUCAGACUGUCCAGUGGCACUUAUUCAGUCCAGUGACUGAAUUCUUUCUGACAUGACCCUAGUAAACCUUUGAUAGCUUCCUUGCUUUCUGGUAUGACAAGAUGUUCCAGGCGCAUAUUAUACCCAGGAUCACGUUUUAGGCCACAGACCUGGAAUCAACAGUGUUUGCAAUGUUUGUGAAUUUGUAUAUAUGUCAUCAAUGUAUAUGCAUACAUAAAUAUAUACAUGUACACAUAUACAUUUAAAGUUAAAAUGUCUUAUGAGUUUAUACUAACUACUCAAAUUUAGAGGUACCAGUUCUUAUUAACCUUAUUGGACAUUUUAUAUCUGUAUCUCCUUUUAAUCAUGGCAAAAUUUCUAGUCUCAGUGACCUCAACAUAAUCACCCAUUUGAUUUAUUCUACAAUACAAAUGCAAUCUCCAAAUAAUAAUAUGACUACUGAAAACAGGUUCUUUUGUUUGUUUUUGUUAUUAGGAUAUAACCUACUAAGGGACGUACACUCAAAUUACUGGGCAUAGUUGUUCUGUAUGCUAAUCCCACCAAGUAAAUACACAGUUAGAUUCAUUUAUUUCUAGGGCUAAUUGUAUUGAAAAUAUAUUGAUAUUAUUUUAUAAUUAUGUAAAAUAUCUACAUGGCUCAAAAGUCAAAUCUAUAAAAUAAGAUAUAUUAAAAGAAAUCCGGCUUCUCCAGCCCCCUGACCCUAUAGCUUCCCUUUCCCUAUGGGGGAAAAUUUUUUCAGUUUUACAGUUUAUCCUUCCACGAUUUUUCAGUGGAGCAAAUGUGUGGCUUAGUUGUAUUCCUGCUUAUCUAAGGUAACUGGCAGUGUAUUGUACACAGUUGUAUUCCACUUGCUUUUCCAGUUACUACAUCCUGGAGAUCAUUCUAUAGUAUAGAAAAACUUUCCUUAACUCUGCUGAUGGCUCCAUAGCUUAAUCAACCAGUUCUCUACUAUUUAGAUAGUAUCCAGGCCUUUGCUAUUAAAAAUAGUGCUGCAAUUAAUAGCGAUAUGCAUAUAUCUAACAUAUUUUUACCAGUGUGUCUUUCAGAUGAAUUCCUGGAAGUGAGACUGCUGGGUCAAAGUGUAAUUGCAUAGUUCAUAUUUCUAUAUACUCCCAAAUUCCCCUCCAGAUGGCUCUUCCAUUUUGCAUCCCCACCAGCCAUGGCUAACAGUGACUGUUUCCCCAUAGCCUUGCCAACAGAGUAUGUUAUCAAAAUCUUGAAUUUUUACUAAUCGGAUAGUUGAGAAAGGGGUAGUUUUAGCUUGCAUUUCUCUUAUUAAGAGCAAAAGUGAGCACAUUUUCAUAUGGUUCAGAGCCAUUUAUAUUUCUUUUUCUAUAAAAAUCUUGGUCUAUCUCUGAGCAAUGUAGGUUUAACCUGAUUCUAAGGUUGCUGGUCUUCUCUAUUUUUAGAAGCUCUAUCUGUGAUGUAAGCUGAAAGUAUUUCUUUGCAGUUUGUUAUUUUCCUUUAACUUUGCUUAUGCAAAGUAUACUUUGCCAUGAAAAAGUCUUUUGUUGUUGUUUUUUCAUGUAAUUGUAUUUAUCAGUCCUUUUCCUUAUUGCCUCUGGAUUUGGAGUUAUAGUUAGGAAAACUUUCUCUCUCUCAGGUUGUAAAGUAACUUACCCAAGUUUUCUUCUAAUACCUGUAUGGUUCCAUUUGUACAUUUAAAUAUUUGAUCUGUUUAGAAUUUAUCCUGGUGUAGGCUGGUCGCGGUGGCUCACACCUAUUAUAGCACUCCCAGCACUUUGGGAGGCUGAGGCGGGCGGAUCACAAGGCCAGGAGUUCGAGACCAGCUUGGCCAAAUGGUGAAACCCCGUCUCUACUGAAAAUACAAAAAUUAGCUGGGCAUGGUGGCGUAUGCCUGUUGUCCCAGCUACUUAGAAUGCUGAGGCAGGAGAAUCGCUUGAACCUGGGAGGCGGAGGUUGCAGUGAGCCGAGAUUGCGCCACUGCACUCCAUCCUGGGAGACAGAGAGAGACUCCGUCUCAAAUAAAUAAAUGAAUAAAUAAAUAAAUAGAUAGAUAGAAUUUAUCCUGGUGUAAUGGUAUGAAGAACAUGUCUAAUUUUAUAUUUUUCUAUGUGGCUAUCUGGUUAUCUCAACACCACUUGUUAGAAAGUAGAUUCAAGAUGCCAACAGAAGACACUUUUUAAUGACAAAAGAUUCAAUUCAUCAAGAAGAUAUAACAAUGCUAAAUUUGUAUGGACCUAAUAACAUAGCUUCCAAAUAGAACAAAAACUGACAGAGCUAAGAAGAAAAAUGGAAAAAGCCACAAUCAUCUUGGGAGACUAACACACUUCUCUCAGUUACUAACAAACAAACACAAAAAAGAAAAAUAAUGAUAUAAAAGAUUUUAACCCCACAAUGAACCGAGAAUGGCAGGAUACACAUUCUUUUGAAGUGCACAUUGAGUAUUUUACAAAAAGACUAUAGGUUUGGCCAUGAAAUAAGUACCAACAAAUUUCAAAGGAUUGAAUCCUACAGAGUAUGUUAUUCAACCACGGUACAAUUAAGCUAGAAAUCAUUAACAGAAAGAUAAUUGGGCAAUUCCUGUAUAUUUGGAAGUUAGGAAAUACACUUUCAAAUAACACUUGGGUCAAAGAAGAAAUCACCAUGGAAAUUAGAAAAUAUUUUGAACUGAAUAAGGUGAAUACUACAUAUCAAAAUAUGUGAGAUGCAGCUAAAAAUCAUGCUUAGAGGGAAACAUAUAGCCAUAAGUACUUUUUUUUAAGCUUCCAGGAAGUUAGGAAUUUUUCAUUUCAAGAAGUUAGGAAAAGAACAGCAAGUUAAGCCCCAAAGAAACAAGAAGAAAAUAAACUUAAAAGCAGAAGUCAGUGAAAUAAAAAAUCAACAUAAAAAUAGAGAAUUAACAAGGUCAAAUAUUGAUUCUCUAAAAUGAUUUAUAACAUUGAUAAGCCCUGACAAGACAAAAAGGAAAAAAGAGCACGAGGAAGUACAAACAACAAAUUAUCAGGAAUAAAAAAGAGAAUACUACUAUAUAUCUAAUAAGUAUUGUAAAAAUCAUUAAGUGGGUAUGAUGAAGAACUUUACACCAAUAAAUUUGAAAAUAUAAAUUAGACAAAUUUCUUGAAAAAAUAGUUUACCAACAUUUACACAAGAAGAAAUACUCAGAACAGUGCCGUAACUAUUAAAGAAAUUGAGUUCAUAGGGCCAGGCGCAGUGGCUCACGCCUGUAAUCCUAGCACUUUGGGAGGCUGAGAUGGGAGGAUCACCUGAGGUCAGGAGUUCAAGACCACCCUGGCUAACAUGGUGAAACCCCAUCUCUACUAAAAAUACAAAAAAUUAGCUGGGCGUGGUGGCGGGUGCCUGUAAUCCCAGCUACUCGGGAGGCUGAGGCAGAAGAAUCACUUGAACCCCAGAGGCAGAGGUUGCAAUGAGCCAACAUCACACCACUGCACUGCAGCCUGGGUGACAAGAAUGAAACUCCGUCUCAAAGAAAAAAAAAAAAUCAAGUUCAGAAUUUAAAUUUUUCCUAAAGGAAAACUCUAGACCUAGAUGGUAUAGCUGGAGACGUCUACAUAAUAUUUAAGGAAAAAAAUAAUACCAGCUUUCAAUAAAUACUUCCAGAGAACAGAAAAAGAAGAAACACUUUCCAACUAAUUUUAUGAGGACAGGUAACCAAAACUUGACAAGAACAUGACAAAAAAAUGAAAUUACAUGGCAGUCUCACUCAUGACCACAGAUGGAAAACUCCUAAACAACACGUUAGCAAAUCAAAUCCUGCAAUAUAUAACCCAACCACCAAGUUGGGUUUAUUCUAGGAAUGCAAAGUUAGUUUCACAUUAAAAAAAAACCAGUGUUUUCCACCACAUUAAUGGAAUGAAAUAAGAAAAUAAACUAUCUUCUAGAGCCAUACAGAAACAGCAUUUCAUAAAAUUCAGCAUCCAUUUAUGUUAAAAGCUCUUAGAAAAUGGGCAUAGGAGGGAACUUAACCUGAUAGAAGAUAUCUACACUGAAGCCUGAGACUUAAUGGUGAACAGUUGAAAACUUUCCCUCUGAAAUCAGGAAUGAGAUGAAUUUGGCCAUAUUGCCACUUGUACUCAAUGCCAUGCUAGCUGUUGUCCCAGCCGGUAAAAUAAGGCAAGAGAAAAAAAUAAAAUGCCCAGGGAUUGGACAAGAAGAAAUAAAAUUUUCAUGAUUUGUGGGUGAUAUGAAUACAUGUAUAGAAAAUAAAAAAGAAUCUAAAAAAUUACUAGAAUAAGUGAGUUUUGUAUGAUCACUGGAUCAGGAUACAAGAAUUAACUGCUUUUCUAUCAGCAAGUAACAGAAAGUGAUAAAACAAAAAGUUAACAUUUAUAAAAACAUUAAAAAAUCAACUCUGUAGGAAUAGAUCUAGCAGAGGUAUGCAAAAUCUCUACACAUAAAACUAUAACACAUUAUGGGAGAAAUUGAAGAAGACCUAAAUAAUUGGAGGGCUAAACAUGUAAUGACAAAAGGAUGAAUAAAUAAAAUGAUAGAACAGUAGAAUUUAGAAACGGAUCUAUACAUAUGUAGAGUUUUGACUUAUGACAAAGAUGGUACUUCAGGGUAGCAAAGAAGGCAGUCUUUUCAAUAAAUAGGCUUGGAUAAAUUCAAUGUCCAUUUGGAAAAAAGUGAAACAACCCCUACUUUACAACUUUCAUAAAAAUCAAUUCCAAGGGGAUCAUAGAUCUAUUAUAAAAAAGCAAAACAGAGUGUUGGGUGCAGACCGCGGUGAUGUGGCUUUCUUUUAGAAGUUCAGUCUCAGUUGUCUUUUGCAAGCCAUGGAGAGUGACUUUUAUCUAUGCUACUACGUGGGGCACAAGGGCAAGUUCAGCCAUGAGUUUCUGGAGUUUGAGUUCUGACCAGACGGGAAAUUAAGAUAAGCCAACACAGCAAUUACAAGAAUGAUGUCAUGAUCAGAAAAGAGGCUUAUGUACAUAAAAGCAUGAUGGAGGAACUGAAGAGUGUAAUUUAUGACAGUGAAAUUACCAAACAGGAUGAUGCGUUAUGGCUUCCUCCCAACCGAGUGGGCCGGCAGGAGCUUGAAAUCAUUAUUGGAGAUGAACACAUUUCUUUUACAACAUCAAAAAUUGGUUCCCUCAUUGAUGUCAAUCAAUCCAAGGAUCCAGAAGGCUUACAAGUAUUUUAUUAUCCUGUCCAGGACCCUGAAGUGUUUGAUCUUCAGUCUUAUUGGAUUACACUUCAAGAUUAAACCAAUCUAAACUGAAUAUUGGUGUGGACAUUGGGGGGGGUGGGAGUAGUUUUUAAUUACCAUUAUUAAGAACAUUUUGUGUCUAUCAGGGCAGUAUUUUUUUAUAAACUAUAAAUGAUUGUCUUUAAUAAAUGUGUGAUAAAAUCCAAAAAAAAAAAAAAAAAAAGCAAAACAAUAAAA